UUUUGCUUGUACAUGCGAGUGUUGAACGCUCUAAUAUUUUUACAAAUAUUUUACACCACUUUCUACGUUUUACGUUUGCUUUUAGAAAGGGGGGGUUGUUUUGACAUGUAGAAUUAAGAAAAGAAGAAGAGGAGAAUGAAAAUGCUCCGAUUUCGCAGUUCAAGUAAUAAAUCCUUAAACCAGGAGAUUAAAUGUAGCAUCCGACUGCUGGAUGACUCGGAGAUCUCAUGCACCGUACAGAGAGACACAAAAGGCCAGUACCUCCUGGAUCAUGUCUGCAACCAUUACAGUCUCCUAGAGAAGGAUUAUUUUGGUAUCAGAUAUGUUGACCCAGAAAAACAGCGGCACUGGCUCGAGCCCAACAAGACUGUUGUGAAGCAAAUGAAAUCUCAUCCACCAUAUACCAUGUGCUUUAGAGUGAAAUUCUAUCCCCAUGAGCCCAUGAAGAUAAAAGAAGAGCUUACCAGGUACCUUUUGUAUCUGCAGUUAAAGAGAGACAUAUUCCAUGGACGCUUGCUUUGUUCCUUCUCUGAUGCAGCAUACUUGGGGGCCUGCAUAGUGCAAGAUGAGCUGGGGGAUUAUGAACCUGAUGAACAGCCAGAUGAUUACAUCACCGAGUUCAAGCUGUUCCCCAAACAGACGCAAAAACUAGAAAAGAAGAUUGUGGAAAUACAUAAAAAUGAACUCAGAGGUCAGAGUCCAGCUGUUGCUGAACUAAAUCUUCUCCAGAGAGCACAUUCUUUAGAAACCUAUGGUGUUGACCCUCACCCAUGCAAGGAUUUUACUGGCUCUACAGCUUUCUUAGGAUUUACUGCCACAGGGUUUGUGGUUUUCCAGGGGAAUAAGAGGAUUCACUUAUUAAAAUGGGCUGAUGUCAGCAAAUUGAAAUUCGAAGCGAAGACAUUUUACAUUAUAGGCAUUCAGAAAGAGAAGAAGCUAGUACUGACAUUCCACACGUCUUCACCUGCUGCCUGCAAGCAUCUCUGGAAGUGCGGGGUGGAAAACCAGGCUUUCUACAAAUAUGCAAAAUCCAGUCAGAUUAAGACUGUGUCCAGCAGUAAUAUAUUUUAUAAAGGCAGCCGAUUCCGAUACAGUGGAAGAGUUGCAAAAGAGGUCAUUGAAGCCAGCUCUAAAAUCCAGAGAGAUCCCCCAGAGGUGCACAGGUCCACCAUUGGCUACAGCAGAAGUUUUAACUCUCUAAACAAGCAGCUGAUCAUGAACGUGGAGCCCCUAUUGCCAGCACUUCCCUCUCCCAGCGAGUCUGAAGAGAUUGCCUUUGAAAAUGGCCUGCAGGCAUUGAAGGAUACCACGCACCUGUCCCCAUUAAAGCAGUCCCAGUCAGACGUGGACCCAGGGGAGGUGACUGAAAGCAGAUUUCAAGAGGAGAGUGGGAAUGAGAUGGUGGGGGUGGCCGCUGAGGAGAGGCCAGGUGGGGGGGAGGAGGAGGAGGAAGAGGAGGAGUUGGGGGGGACCCUGACUUUCUCUGAGCUGAUGUACAACCCCAGUACCAGCGGUCUACCCACACCCGUGGAGGACGAGGGUAUUGACCUGCUCUUCAGCAGCCCUGUGAAACCAGGGAAGGAGACAGAGCAUGACACUGAGUCAUAUGAGGACUUGGAGGCUGACGAGAGGGCCUUCCUAAUGGCGGAGGAGGAGGAGAUGAAGGAGAUGAGUCGGGUGCUGGGCUACAGCUAUGAGCUACUGAUGGGCAACAAGCAAGUGAACGCCUGCAUGCGCAGCUUCGCUCGGCUCCUUGCCGUGGGACUCGGAUUGCUGCUGCUCGCCCUGCCCCUCCUCUUGGUUCUCUUGGAGUCUGACAUCGACGUCUCCUUCCUCCAUGAGAUCCGCCAGACCCCAGAGUUCGAGCAAUUCCACUACGAGUAUUACUGCCCCCUCUGCCAGUGGAUGGCCUGCAAAAUAAACAGCAUCCUGGACAAGCUAGGCGGCUCUUAAGAUUAACAACAGAAGCAUCCAUCUCCUGAAUUGUUCAACAUGAAAAAGGGUUGCUUUCAUUUACUUGUGGGUUUGCUCUGAGUUUGUAGUAAGGGUGGUAAAGCCUGGGAUUUGACUUAUGUUGUAGUGUAUCACAUAAUUUUUACAGUAAAGGGCUCAUAAUAUACUAGGUCACCUCCUUGUAAACCAAAAUCUAUCCAACAAAUGUGUCUCGUAAAGUAGGUUAAUUUCACUUAGUUAAGCGUAAUCAAAUAUUUUUUUUUGCUACAUUAAUUAUGUACCUGUAUUUAAUUUGAGCAGCCAAAUUAUGGAUAUGCUUUUUGUUGGUACUAAAUUUGGGAAUAGUCUGUGAUUCAAAAAAUGUUUAGAGGAGGUUAGCAAAGUUGAGUAUCAAUUAAAAAGAAAAAGAAAAAAAAUAAAUAAAGAGGUGUUGCUAAGCAUGCAGUCAAAGAUAGAGUUUGGAAGGUAUGCGCGUGGAGGGGGUGGAUAGGUGUCACUGAAGUACAAUUAAUAAUGGUUGUGUGAUGUUCUGGUGAACAGCUUCAGUUUAAAAAUAACUAUAUUACAAGAAAUAAACAAAUAUGAAACUACUAAAAAGAAAGAUAAUAGAAGUUUUAAAGAUGAAGAUGCCAUUCCAUCCUCUUAAGAAAAAAAAAAUAUGUAAAACCAGUUACAAAGCACUUUUUUACAAAGGGAGAGGUGGUAGAUAAGAUAUAGAUUUCAGGUUCUAAACAUUAUGGGGGGGAAAGUGAUCAAUAAAUAAUUUCCGUAGUUGAUUCAAUUUUAACUAACAAAUUCAGUAGAGUAUAGUGUGUAAUUACAAAAAAAUAAUUCAGUAUUAUUUAGAACAAACAUAAAUCCUAUGAAGUAUAGACAAUUGUCGUCCAGCUCAAACAUCAAAACAUGAAAUAGUGUUCACAAAGGUGGACAACUUGGAGUCAAAGACUUAUAUUUAAUUUCCACGUUGCUCCAGCGUGUUUCCUAAUUUCAUCUUGCCAUCUUCCUGGAGGCCUUCUUCUUGGCCACUUUAUAUCAAUUGGCUAUAUAUAUCUCAAACAAAAACACAUUGGAAAUGUGAAAAAACUCUAAGUUAUCAAAAGUGGUCGGCCAUUUAAAGUAGAGAUAUCAAAAACGCAAGCCAAGUUUCAAGAAACCAUUGGGGCAACCUUGCCCAGCACAAAGCAAAUAGGCACAAAUGUAAAACUGAUGGGGGCCAAGGUUUACCCCGUUUCUUCUAAUUUGUAUCAAAAAUACAAGCGAAGUUAGAAGAAACAACUGGGGCCACCUUGGCCAGCACCAAGCAAAUAGGCACAACUGUAAAAGCGUAAUAUAUGACCAUAUGAUUUUUUGCGUGUGACUAGUCCAUUUUAAAAUAUCAAUACAUUGUUUAAUAUAAAUGAUACAGACAUCAAAAUCUGUUCCCUAGUGUAUUACCAUGUUGACAAAGCAAGUUCAUAUAUGCGUGGAUAAAAGUGCCUGGGGUCUGCAAAAAUAUGCAAUAAAACGAUGAAAUUG